AUGAGGAACCCAUUUCGUCCACCACCGGCUGCCCCAGCGUUCGGUCGUGGCAAGGUCAUCCCGGAGACGAGCGCUUGGCCGCUUUCGAGAUUGUUGUUCUCUUGGCUAGACCCUUUCCUAGCCGUGGGGUUCUCGAGACCGCUCGAGAAAGACGACUUUUGGACCUUGCCCGAUCAACGUCUCACUGGACACCUAACCGACCUUAUCGAGCGAGCAUUCUACCGUCGAUGUCGUCCCGAGGAACGUCCAUCAUUUACUCCGAUGAAGGCCGAUGCCGCGACGAGAUCUCCGGAGCCAUCCUCAAACGUCAAUACUGAUGGGUCCGAAGACACGACAGAGGGCAAGAACAGGCCCCAGCUCACAUCUGAGCAGCCGACUGUAGCUACUCAACACAGCUCGAACCUGAUGAAGGCUCUGCACAGUGUGUUCUGGAAGCAGUGGUGGACUGCUGGCAUCUUCCUGCUGAUCUCCGACACAUUGAACACAACGACACCGCUGGUCAAUCAAAUACUCUUGACAUGGCUUACCAACUCAUUUGUGUACUUCCGCGCAACUGACGAAGAGCGCGCGGCCUUCGGGUUGGAAACACCCCAAGGCAUUGGAUACGGGAUCGGGCUCGCUUUCGCUAUCUUCGUCAUGCAAGGCGCGUUGCCUACAUUUUCAAACCAUUACCAGAUGCUCGCCAUGACGAACGGCAUCUGUCUUCGUACUAGUGUCAUCGGCGCAGUCUUCCGCAAGUCGCUACGUCUCAGCGGCAGGGCUCGUCUCAAGCACAACGUGGGCCAAAUCACAACGAUGAUCUCCACGGAUGCCACCCGGCUCGACCACAACAGCCAGACACUUCACAACGUGUGGGUUGCCCCCAUUCAGAUCGCCAUCGGCAUCGGUCUGCUCAUCCGUAACAUUGGUGUUGCGGGUGUUGUCGGUGUUGGCGUGCUCCUCCUCGGUUUCCCGGUUCAAGUCAUCUUGGCUGCCAUAAUGUUUUCUCAACGCAAGAAGGGUGUCGCCAUCACUGAUCAGCGCGUCCGCGCGACGACCGAGGUGUUCUCCGGUAUCCGCCUCAUCAAGUACUUUGCCUGGGAGUCCUUCUAUGCCCGCCAAGUUGGCGAUCUUCGUGCUCAAGAGAUUCGAACAGUGCGUGCCCUAGAGAUCUCUCGUUCGGGCCUCAUCGGUACGGUCUCCGUCACGCCUACCAUUGCCACGAUUUUGUCGAUUAUCAUUCGCGCACCCCUCACACUCCUCCCUAUCGUUCUCGCCCAAGCCACCGAUGCUUCGGUGGCCCUCAAACGCAUCAGCGACUUCUUGUGCGCGGAAGAGCUCGAAAUCCCCUACCUGAUCGAUGAGGGCUCUGCCAACGCCAUCUCCGUCGACGGAGACUUCACGUGGGACCCUGCGCCUAAGGAAGAGACCAAGGACUCGGCCGUCCUCGCCUCCGAAGACAAAAGUAAGAGUAAGGACAAGGUCAAGGAUGAAAUCUUACCGACUACCGCCGAGAAGGAAACCCAAGUCAAGGAAGAGAAGGAGGAGAAGCCUUUCACACUUGAGGGCUUGAGGCUCAACAUUCCCAAGGGGCCGGAGGGUGCUUCACAGAGCUCUGUACUGCAAGCGAUGAUUGGGGAGAUGCGCAAGGUCCGUGGCGAAUGCGUCUUCUCGUCGGAGGCCGCAUAUGUUCCCCAAACGGCUUGGAUCAUGAACGCAACUCUCCGGCAAAACAUCGUGUUCGGGAAAGAGGAAAACGACGCACAAUUCCGCGACAUUGCUACCGAAAUCGGCGAGAAAGGCAUCAACCUCUCUGGCGGUCAAAAGGCCCGCGUUUCCCUCGCGCGCGCUGCUUAUUCUGGCGCCGAGAUCGUGCUUAUGGACGACUCGCUCUCCGCCGUCGACGCCUACACCCGUGUUCUCGUCACACACUCCUUGCACGUUCUCGACCGCACGGACUACAUUUACGUCAUGGACGAGGGCAAGAUCGUCGAGCAGGGCACGUACGCAGAGCUCAUGGCCAAUGGUCUCACGUUCUCGCGCCUCAUUGAGGAAUACGGGUCCGAAGAGCGCCAGGAGAAGGUUGUGGCAACUGAGGAGACCACGAGGGACGCUGCAGCCGACACUACAGACUCGAAUGCCCCCGCGAAGGCGACGGACGCGCUCAUGCAAGACGAGGAGCGGAUCAAGGCUCAGUACUUCCAGUACUGCGGCGGGGUCAUGAUCAUGCCCCUCAUCCUGCUGUGGAUCAUCCUUUUCCAAGCUGCCACGGUUGGGGACACGCUUUGGUUGAGCUUCUGGACGGGCCAAAAGGUCCCAGGUUUUUCGCAAGCCGAUUACAUCGGGGUGUACUCCUCGUUAGGCGUCGCAAGUGGGGUCUUCCAGUUCGCGCUCAGUAUGACCAUCAGUCUGGCGGGUUUGACUGGGGGUCUCAAGAUAUACAAGGCCGCAUUCAACGCAGUCGUUCGGUCCCCUGUUUCCUUCUUUGACACUACUCCGAUGGGUCGCAUCAUUGCCCGUUUCUCCAAGGAUCAAGACACUAUCGACCAGGAGCUGGCCAUUUACGGCGUCGUGCUACUUACUCUCAUCAGUACUGUCUUCGGAACUGCCGCACUGGUCUUCUACACCUUCCCGCUGCUCGGUCUCAUCUUCAUCCCGAUGAUUAUCUUCUACACCUUGGUGGCAAUGUACUACACUCGGAGCUCUGUCGAGACGAAGCGCAUUGACUCCAUCUUGCGUUCGGGUCUCUACGCUUCCUAUUCAGAGACCUUGACCGGGUUAAGCUCCGUUCGAGCUUACCGUGCUCAGGACCGUUUCGUCCGCAAGUCCGAUCAGGGCCUCGACGAGGAGAACCGCGCAUACUACAUGACGCUCGCCCUCCAGCGCUGGCUAGCGAUCCGACUCGAUAUUCUCGGCAACAUCCUCAUCCUCGGUAUCUGUCUCUUCGCGGCUGGCUUCCGGACAUCUGUCGAUCCUAGCAAGAUUGGUGUCGUGCUGACGUACUCUCUCAGCACGGCCAUUGUCUCCACCUACGCCCAGAACGAGCAGAACUUCAACGCCGUCGAGCGCGUGCUCUACUACAUCGACCUCCCUUCGGAAGGCGCACCAACGACUCCAGACGAUCCUCCGCCGUCAUGGCCCGAGCACGGUGCGGUCGAGUUCAAAGACGUCGAGAUGGCGUACCGCCCCGGGCUCCCCACCGUGCUCAAGGGCGUCUCCUUCCGCGCGGAGCCCGGCGAGAAGGUCGGCAUCGUCGGCCGCACGGGCGCGGGCAAGAGCUCGCUCAUGCAAGCGCUUUUCCGGAUUGUCGACGGCGUGGACGUCGCGACGGUCGGGCUAGACGUGCUCCGGGAACGGCUCGCGCUCGUGCCGCAGGACAGUCUGCUGUUCAAGGGAACGCUGCGGGAGAAUCUAGAUCCGAUGAAGACGAGGACAGAUGCGGAGCUGAUCGAGGCGCUGAGGCGCGCGUGGUUGCUGCCGAAGGAGGGCAAUCCGGUCGACUCCGCCACGGAUGCUAAGUUCAGUCUCGACGCGGCGGUCGGCGAUGAGGGAUCCAACUACAGUCAGGGCGAGAAGCAGUUGCUCGCACUAUGCAGGGCGCUUGUCAAGAACAGUCAGAUCAUCGUUCUGGAUGAAGCUACGAGCAACGUCGAUGUCGAAACGGACGCCAAAGUUCAGCGCACGAUCCAGAAGGAGUUCAAGUCCUCCACUCUUCUGUGCAUCGCUCAUCGGCUGAAUACCAUCGUGUACUAUGAUCGCAUUCUCGUCAUGGAUGGCGGCCGCGUUGCCGAGUUCGACACGCCCCUUGCUCUCUUCGACCGCGAGGACUCCAUCUUCCGCUCUUUGUGCAACGAGGCCAAUCUUUCACGCCAGGAUAUCAUCAAGAUCCGCGCGAGCCCUGGAUAUACCACUGCCGCACCUCCAGGGAUCGGAGCUUCCACAUCUACUGCUCUGGUGGAGAAGCCUGCGACAUACGUCGUUGAUGCUGUCUCGGAUGCCGCUGCAGCGUCUGGAGAAUAUACCUUGUGA